CGGGCCGGGCGGGGCGCGGGGCUGGGCCCCGGCCAUGGGCGCCCGCGGCGGCCGGGGGGCAGAGGCGCGGGGCCGGCCGCCGGCGCCUUUGUGAGCGGCGCGGACAACAAAGGCGCGGCCGCGGCCGGAGCGGGCCAGCGGCUGGGACGGUGCCGGUCUGAGCUGGACUUUGUCUGAUGGCUUCCUCCGGUCCUCCGCCACAGGCUGCCACAGGAGAUCAGCUGGUUCCUGGAGGAGGCCCAGGCCCCUCCCCAGAGGCGGAGGACGACCCCGGAGAGCCCUUCGAGUUUGACGACAGCGACGAUGACGAGGACACCAGUGCUGGCCUGGGAGCGGACGCGGACGCCCCACUGAUCCGUUUGGACGCGGCCCCUGGCCCCGACCCAGACCCAGCGGCCUCACCGCCCCAGACACAGGUGCCGGCUGUGGUGAGCAAUGGCGAUGCCGUGGACACAGCUUUGUCCGGGGUCCGGCGCUCCAGCUGGAAGCGGAAGAGCUCCCGUCGAAUCGACCGGUUCACCUUCCCCGCCCUGGACGAGGAUGUGAUUUAUGACGACGUCCCGUGUGAGAGCUUGGAUGCCCACCAGCCCGCAGGGGCGGAGAGGAGCCUGCUGUACGAGGAUGUGCGCCGGGACGGGGCGCCCAGGGAGGCCGAGGACCUAGGCUGGAGCUCCAGCGAGUUUGAGAGCUACAGCGAGGACUCCGAGGAGGAGGCCAAGCCGGAGGCAGAGCCUGCCAGGCCCCGUGUGUCCUUCCAGCCCAAGCUUUCUCCAGACCUGACUAGGCUAAAGGAGAGAUACACCAGGACUAAGAGAGACAUCUUGGCUUUAAGAGUUGGGGGGAGAGACAUGCAGGAGCUGAAGCACAAGUACGAUUGUAAGAUGACCCAGUUCAUGAAGGCUGCCCGGAGCGGGACCAAGGACGGGCUGGAGAAGACCAGGAUCGCCGUCCUGCGCAAAGUGUCCUUCCUGCACCGGAAGGACGUCCUCGGUGACUCGGAGGACGAGGACAUGGGGCUCCUGGAGAUCAGUGUCACAGACAUGAAGCCCACAGCCCCGGAGCUGGGCCCCAUGCCUGACGGCCUGAGCCCUCAGCAGGUGGUCCGGAGGCACAUCCUGGGCUCCAUCGUGCAGAGCGAAGGCAGCUACGUGGAGUCUUUGAAGCGGGUCCUUCAGGACUACCGCAACCCACUGGUGGAGAUGGAGCCCAAGGCGCUGAGCCUGCGCAAGUGCCAGGUGGUGUUCUUCCGCGUGAAGGAGAUCCUGCACUGCCACUCCAUGUUCCAGAUCGCCCUGUCCUCCCGCGUGGCCGAGUGGGACGCCACCGAGAAGAUCGGCGAUCUCUUCGUGGCUUCGUUCUCCAAGUCCAUGGUGCUCGACGUGUACAGCGACUACGUGAACAACUUCACCAACGCCAUGUCCAUCAUCAAGAAGGCCUGUCUCACCAAGCCCGCCUUCCUGGAGUUCCUCAAGCGGCGGCAGGUGUGCAGCCCCGACCGCGUCACGCUCUACGGGCUGAUGGUGAAGCCAAUCCAGAGGUUCCCGCAGUUCAUCCUCCUGCUUCAGGACAUGCUGAAGAAUACCCCCCGAGGCCACCCGGACAGGCUCUCGCUGCAGCUGGCCCUCACGGAGCUGGAGACGCUGGCCGAGAAGCUCAAUGAGCAGAAGCGGCUCGCUGACCAGGUGGCCGAGAUCCAGCAGCUGACCAAGAGCAUCAGCGACCGCAGCAGCCUCAACAAGCUGUUGACCUCGGGCCAGAGGCAGCUGCUGCUCUGUGAGACGCUGACGGAGACGGUGUAUGGUGACCGCGGGCAGCUGAUCAAGUCCAAGGAGCGCAGGGUCUUCCUGCUCAACGACAUGCUGGUCUGUGCCAACAUCAACUUCAAGCCUGCCAACCACAGGGGCCAGCUGGAGAUCAGCAGCCUGGUGCCCCUGGGGCCCAAGUACGUGGUGAAGUGGAACACGGCCCUGCCGCAGGUGCAGGUGGUGGAGGUGGGCCAGGAGGGCGGCGCCUACGACAAGGACAACGUGCUCAUCCAGCACGCCGGCGCCAAGAAGGCCUCCGCCUCGGGCCAGGCUCAGAGUAAGGUGUACUUCGGCCCCCCACGGCUCUUCCAGGAGCUGCAGGACCUGCAGAAGGACCUGGAGGUGGUGGAGCAGAUCACGGUCCUCAUCGGCACGCUGCACGGCACCUACCAGAACCUGAACAUGACCGUGGCUCAAGACUGGUGCCUGGCCCUGCAGAGGCUGAUGCGGGUGAAGGAGGAGGAGAUCCAGUCGGCCAACAAGUGCCGCCUCCGGCUCCUGCUUCCCGGGAAACCCGACAAGUCCGGCCGUCCCAUCAGCUUCAUGGUGGUCUUCAUCACCCCCAACCCCCUGAGCAAGAUCUCCUGGGUCAACAGGCUGCACCUGGCCAAGAUCGGACUCCGAGAGGAGAACCAGCCGGGCUGGCGAUGUCCGGAUGAGGACAAGAAGAGCAAAGCCCCGUUCUGGUGUCCGACGCUGGCCUGCUGCAUCCCCGCCUUCUCCUCCCGGGGCCUCAGCCUGCAGCUCGGGGGUCUGGUCCACAGUCCUGUCAGCUCUCCCCUGCUGGGCUUCUCGGCAGUCAGCACCUCCCUUCCACAGGGCUACCUCUGGGUUGGGGGUGGCCAGGAGGGCGCAGGAGGCCAGGUGGAGAUCUUUUCCCUGAACCGGCCCUCACCCCGCACGGUCAAGUCCUUCCCGCUGGCGGCCCCCGUGCUCUGCAUGGAGUACAUUCCUGAGCCAGAGGAGGGGGAGAGUGGAGAUGGAGACAAAGAUGAGAGCCACACGGCUGCUGACUCCUCUGCUGCUGUGCAUCCGACCAUCUGCCUGGGGCUCCAGGAUGGCAGCAUCCUGGUCUACAGCAGCGUGGACACGGGCACCCAGUGCCUGGCGACCUGCAGGAGCCCAGGCCUGCAGCCCGUGCUCUGCCUGCGACACAGCCCCUUCCACCUGUGUGCCGGCCUGCAGGACGGGACCCUGGCUGCCUACCCUCGGACCAGGACCAGCGGAGAUGUGCCCUGGGACCUGGAGAGCCCGCCCGUGUGCCUGACGGUGGGGCCAGGGCCCAUCCGCACGCUGCUGAGCCUGGAGGACGCCGUGUGGGCCAGCUGUGGGCCUCGGGUCACCGUCCUGGACACCACCAGCCUGCAGACUCAGCAAAGCUUCGAGGCGCACCAGGAUGAGGCUGUGAGCGUGACGCACAUGGUGAAGGCGGGCAGCGGCGUCUGGAUGGCCUUCUCCUCCGGCUCCUCCAUCCGCCUCUUCCACACGGAGACGCUGGAGCACCUGCAGGAGAUCAACAUCGCCACCAGGACCACCUUCCUCCUGCCAGGCCAGAAGCACGUGUGUGUGACCAGCCUCCUGAUCUGCCAGGGUCAGCUCUGGGUGGGCACCGACCAGGGUGUCAUCGUCCUGCUGCCCGUGCCUCGGCUGGAAGGCAUUCCCAAGAUCACAGGGAAAGGCAUGGUCUCCCUCAACGGUCACUGCGGGCCUGUGACCUUCCUGGCCGUGGCUACCAGCAUCUUGGCCCUGGACAUCCUACGGACUGACCAGGAGGAGGCCGAGGGCCCCAAGGCCGAGGAGGACAAGCCGGACGGGCAGGCUCCCGAGCCAGCGCCCGCACCCUCCAGCCACGUGGGCAGGGAGCUGACGCACAAGAAGGGCGUUCUCCUGCAGUACCGGCUGCGCUCCACGGCCCACCUCCCCGGCCCGCUGCUCUCCAUGCGGGAGCCCGCGCCCGACGGCUCCGCCCUGGAGCACAGCGAGGAGGACGGCUCCAUCUACGAGAUGGCCGACGACCCCGACGUCUGGGUGCGCAGCCGGCCGUGCGCCCGCGAUGCCCACCGCAAGGAGAUCUGCUCCGUGGCCAUCAUCUCGGGCGGGCAGGGCUACCGGAACUUCGGCAGUGCCUCGGGUGUGGGCGGGAGGCCCGCCCCCGGCGGGGAGUCGGACAGCACCCUCCUCAUCUGGCAGGUGCCGCUGUUGACGCUAUAGCCCCCCCCCAGGGAGCAGGGCUGCCGCCGCACCCUGCUCUUGGCCUGCGGGGGACCUUCGGCCGGCCAGGCCCCAGGGAGUGUGGGUGGAAUUGCCUUCCAGGGACCUUCACAGGGCGUGUGGAGGGGCCUGGGUCUCUCGUAACCACCCAGGUGGACAGGCUGGGUCUCUCGUAACCACCCAGGUGGACAGGCUGGGUCUCUAGUUACUAUCACAGGUGGAUGGACCUGGGUCUCUACUAACUACCCAGGUGGACAGGCAGAGUGGAGGGGCCUGGGCCUCUAGUAACUACCCCAGGUGGACAGGCUGGGUCUCUAGUUACUAUCACAGGUGGAUGGACCUGGGUCUCUAGUAACUAACCAGGUGGACAGGCUGAGUGGAGGGGCCUGGGCCUCUAGUAACUACCCCAGGUGGGUGGGCCUGGGUCUCUAGUAACCACCCAGGUGGACAAGCUGGGUAUCUAGUAACUACUCCAGGUCGACAGGCUGGGUCUCUAGUAACUACCCAUGUGGACAGGCUGGGUCUCUACUGACCAUCCAGGUGGACAGGCCUGAUCUCUGAUAACUGUCUUGGCUGAGCAGAGGGAAACUCUUCCUUUUAAAACAAGAUGAAAUUUAGAGUUUGGGGGAGGGGCUUGGGUGUGUGGAGAGGGAAGACUCCUUUGGAGGAAAUGGCCUUUUUUAAAACAAAACAAAACACAAAACCUCACAACUGCCUGGCAAGCCCAGCGCCUCUUGUUGGGCCAAUGGGGCUCAGAGGCGGCCACGCGCCCCUCCUGGAAGGGCGUGAGCGUGUGCGUGUAUGAGAGCGUGUGGGCUGGUGUGUGAAUAUAUAUAAAUACGUAUAUAUGGUGUAUAUUAUCUGUGUAUAAAUAAAGUCUGUACAUAUUGGAGCUCUGGGAGAUGCUGGAAUAAAAGGCCAGAAUAACA